CGGGUCGAGAGAGGCACAGGGACAGGGUAAAGGACAGGCAGCGAAAGAGAGUCGGGUAAGGAAUUGCAGUUACUCUGGCACAUUCCAAUACAAUCAAGGAAAGUCAACAACGAACUCCUAAAUCCCCAACAGGUCCCACGAAAGGAAAGAAGAAACGCCGCAGCGUCUGCACCGGCUCCGUGGCCGAACCUGACCCUCUGAAACUGAACAGAAGAAAUCAACGUCUCGCACACGGGAGGGAGUUACACAUCCUCAAGGCCUUUGAGCAACCCUCGGAAAGAAGACAUUAAGAAAUUGUCACUAACACUAGCCACUGAGGACCCGCAGAAAAUCAGAGCAGAACUAUUGUUGUUUCUUUUUUAAAGAAAACUCUUGAGGGAGUUAGGAAAAUUCGCCUAUCUUGAACUGGACAGGUGUUUUCGGAGAGAAUCCAAACUUCCAGAAGGUGCCCAGCUCUGUCAGAGGCCAAGCUACAAUCUCUUAUCCCAACCUGCUCUCCAGUGAGAGAAUCCAUCAUUCAGCAACAUCAAAAAGCCCGCAGUUUAAACAGCCCCGGGAUGUUGAGGAACAUCUGGAGAGCCCGGAAGCUAUUGCUGGUCAUCUUGAUCCCUCUUCUGUUAUUACCCCUGCCUGUCCUCUACCCUGACAGUCCUGAAGCUCAAUGUGCAUAUGUCCUGAUAGUCACCGCAGUAUAUUGGGUCUCUGAGGCCGUCCCACUUGGUGCAGCAGCAAUGGUUCCUGCCUUUCUCUUUCCAUUAUUCGGAGUCUUAAAGGCCAGUGAAGUUGCAUCGGAAUACUUCAAGGACACUACAUUACUGCUGAUUGGUGUCAUUUGUCUGGCUGCUUCCAUUGAGAAGUGGAAUUUGCACAAGAGGAUUGCCCUUCGUAUGGUGAUGUUGGCAGGUGCCAAACCGGGGAUGUUGGUGCUUGGCUUCAUGUGCUGUACUGUAUUCUUGUCCAUGUGGCUCAGUAACACCUCUACCACUGCUAUGGUCAUGCCGAUUGCAGAAGCUGUGCUGCAACAGCUCAUCAACACCAGCCUGGAAUCUGAUGUCGAAUUAACUGUAAUCACAGACACUGACAGCAUAGAAGAUGCCUACACUAGUUCUGACUCCCAUAAAUGUGAAGAUGAGAAUGAGAAGAAACAGCUGGAACUAAUCUAUCUUAAAGAAAAUGCAGCAAAGAAGAACCAACUUGACCAGAAAAUGCUGACUGAACCAGAGGGGCAGAACCAGAUUAAUCCCAUUAAGGAAUACAGCAGUAAAUACAAAACCAAGCAUGACCACAUGAUCUGCAAGUGUUUGUCACUGAGCAUCACUUAUGCUGCCACAAUUGGAGGCCUCAUGACCAUCACUGGAACCUCAACCAACCUCAUCUUUGCUGAACAAUUCAACAAUCGCUACCCAGAAUCACGAUCUAUCAACUUUGGAACAUGGUUCGUAUUUAGUUUUCCCAUUGCCAUCAUCAUGUUGGUAUUGACAUGGAUCUGGAUGCAUUGGCUUUUCCUGGGAUGCAAUUUUAAGGAAACGUGUUCUCUUAGCAAGAAGAGGAAGACAAAACGCGAGGAAAUGUCUGAAAGGAGAAUUCAAGAAGAAUAUGAAAAAUUGGGGCCAUUCAGCUAUCCAGAAAUGGUGACUGGAAUUUUUUUUGUGUUGAUGACAUUAUUAUGGUUUACCCGGGAGCCAGGAUUUGUCCCUGGAUGGACAUCACUCUUUGAGAGAAAAGGCUAUAGGACAGAUGCCACUGUUUCCAUCUUCCUGGGGUUUCUUCUCUUCUUGAUUCCUGCUAAGAAACCAUCUUUCCCCUGUUAUGGCAAAAUGAAUGGCGAUGAGGAAAGUGCGAAAGACACAAAGAAUCUGAAUAUCUCAAAGGACCCCAACCCACUGGCACCACUGAUAAACUGGAAAGACUUUCAAAAGCACAUGCCAUGGGAGAUUGUCAUCCUUGUGGGAGGGGGCUAUGCCUUGGCUGCAGGCUGCAAGGUGUCUGGCUUAUCUGAUUGGAUUGGGCGUCAGAUGGAACCAAUGAGUAACCUCCCUGCAUGGGCUGUGACAUUGAUUGCUUGUCUUUUGGUGUCAGUUGUCACUGAAUUUGCAAGUAAUCCAGCUACCAUCACAGUUUUCCUACCAAUUCUUUCCACAUUGUCUGAAACUCUGCAGAUUAAUCCCUUGUACACAUUGAUACCAGCCACAAUGUGUGUGUCCUUUGCUGUGAUGCUGCCUGUUGGUAAUCCACCGAAUGCCAUUGUCUUCAGCUAUGGGCACUGCCAGAUUCAGGACAUGGUGAAAGCUGGAUUCGGAGUGAAUGUGAUCGGGGUGGUUGCUGUAAUGCUGGCUAUCACCACCUGGGGAUUUCCUCUUUUCCAACUUGAACACUUCCCUGACUGGGUUUCUACUAGCAACACAACAAGAGGCCUUUAAUCAGGAAUCACAGAACAAGAGACACAAUGAGACUGCACAAAAGACAGAAAUAAGCCUGAAAAUCACUUGAUCAAUGAUGACCUAUUUCAGCAGGGAUAAGAAUCAUUAUUCAGAUUGCACACUACAUUAAGGAGUGCAAAUAUAGUUUGCACAAACCCCUCCACCUCCUCUCAUUUGGCAGCUUCAAACUUGGGAGCAUUUGAUAAAUCCUUUUGAGGAGUGUUGCAGCUUUUUUUUUCACCUUUGGAAAAGUUUCUGGGAUGUGGAAUUUCAAAGCUUUUGCAAAUUAUGUUUUCAAUCUCUAAUUCUUUCAAUGAUGGUGACCCAUGGAAAAAUUCAGUUCUAUCGGUUUUGGCUCCUUUCUUAAGUAAUUAUUUGUCACAUAUGGCCCAAAACAAGGGAGUUUGACUAUAUGAGACACAAUGGUCAUGAGUGGUCAUGCUGCCUCCUCACUCAGUAUUCUUUCCAAAAAGGAUCAUGUAUUAGCAAUCAGGACCAUUAACCCUGGUUUUCCUUUCUAAUCUUGGGGUACAGAGGCUGAUUGCAACAUUUCCCCUCUGCUCUUUACAUAGGCUGGGGUUUGUAUAAGAGACAUUCCUGGUCAGUCUGAUCCCUAGUAUCACAGCUUACGACCCUUUUCAAAGCGUUAUAUUUUAGUCAAGGAACUGAUGGCUUUGCAAUGGAUUAAACUGUUAAUUUUAUAUAGUUUAAGAGCAGUGACUAGCAUGGGAACAUAUCCCUGGAGUGAUGUAUAACUAUGUGUAUGUCAGCUUAACAUACACAUUAGAAACAUUCCACUGCUGACCCGGGAAUGUUUAACAAUGAACCUGGAUGCAUAGUUCAGAAACAUAUCUCAUAGAGCUACCACAUGUUUAAACUACAGGUGGCUUCAUCACACAGACUGAACUCUGGUUUAACACUGAGUUCAGAUAUCGUUCUUAUUAAAACAGAAGUACUGUAAAUGUCUCAUUGUAUGAAUACUGCCUCGGGGUAAAUUCAACUAGGGACAGUUCCUCUGAAAAUCCUUCAGGAUGCCAAUAAUGCUAUGCCAUAGCAGGUCCUCUAUCUGCUGGAGAGUCAAGAUUACAGUGUUUUUUUAAAUGUUUUUAAGUCAGUCUUAAGAGAAAACUAAUAAAUAUAUAGAACAAGGUGCAAUUGA